AUGGUCCGAAUCCUGCCUAGGAAAUUGGGCCGACUGCGCCACUACUGGGCAACUAGCCGUAGGCAGGCAAAUUUGAUCUUUUGUCCACCUGAUAAUAAUUUCGGAUUCUCGUGGCCCUGGACAAUUUGCCAAAGGCGCCAAAAUCUUGUUGACUUCAGCAAUCGAUCAUCACCAAGCGCUCGGAGGAUCGCAGUCGAAUCCGCGGCCGUAAAGUGUCAGAGUAAAGACGGCAUGCAUAGCCUCAACAUCGGACUGCUGACAUCCUAUCUUGGUCUUUGUCAGCCUCCCGGCAAACACAUGGCCCGUCCAAAGUCAGCAUCCGAAAGAAGAGACGAAGCAGGAAUCUUAUCGAUCCGCAAGCGAGUGGGAUUUUGUUUUAUUUCUCUGCGCGUUAGCUGCAACAUCAGCUCUACUGCGCCAUUCCAGCCGCAGACUUCGGACCACCAUCUCAAGUUUGUUCGAGUCGGCGCGGACACGGCCCCACACCACCGGGAGAUGUGCGCCGAGAUGCUCGCGAAUCAGUCUGAUAGCCUGCUUUGGAUAUCCCCCGCAUGUGUCCAUCCCACGCAGCUGGUAAUAGUGGCGUACGGCUCAUACUGCGUAGACAUGCCGUGCUAUUCUCCAUCAGCAGUCAGUCAUGUCCUGCAGGCUUUCGCGUUGAAACAGGACCCUGUUGCACAUCAUGCAUCGAAUGUACAAUUCGUGAUACAAGCCCGUAGCGCUCGCUUACUACCGUCCAAUGACCAAGACGGCUCGGUCAGCGGCAAGAGAGAUGAGACGGCUCGCCACGUAAGGCUGGCCGGAAGAUAUUGCAUGAUACUGCAUCUGCUAUCAACGGAGAGCGGCAACAUGGGAUGGGGUUGCCGCGUCCCGAGAACAUCUUUGUUUCUGUCAGGGGCCAUGCGUUGCGGGACGUGUAUCAUUCUCCGGAUCCCGCGACGAUCAUACAAAGUCCGGCGUGGCGGACAGGCUUCGCGAUGGCUCGUCAGAGGGAGCCAGAGCUGGCAGAUGCAACCCAAGGAAUAUGACAGCAUAUCCGUAGAUAGCCAUGUGCUCCGAAUCACGGCCUCCAGGGGAGACUCAAGAGCUACAUGGAGGAGAUGCAUGGCAUGUGGCGGCUGGUGGAGGCCAGUCCGCUGA